AUGCCAAGCUCGAUCACGGAUCAAUCCGCUGCCUCAAAUGGGAAUGUCCCAUCAUGUCUGCCGGUCGACAACCCAGGCGAAUGCUUCUGGCAGAUGGCAGGCCAUGACCUCAGCAAUUAUCGUUCAACAGACAAGCUUCCAGAUCAUAGUGACAUUGUGAUUAUUGGUGCCGGAUACGCUGGCGUAGCCACUGCGUAUCACCUCGCUCAAGAACACGGUGAAUUGGCCGGAUCGAUCACAAUCUUGGAAGCUCGAUCGGCCUGUUCCGGAGCAACCGGUCGGAAUGGCGGCCAUUUGCGACCAGAUCUUUACGGCCACAUUCCAACUUUCAUUGACCGCGCUGGAGCAAAGGCUGGAGCGGAGAUUGCAGAAUUUGAAAUCGCACAUGUUAAAGCGAUGAAGAAAUUCAUUGAGGAGGAAAAUAUUGACUGUGACUUUACCAUGGCAAGAUCUUUUGAUGUCUGGUGCAACAAGGAAGCUGCAAAGAAAGCGAAAGCAAUUUACGACUACAUGGUCUCAGAAAAGUUCGCUCACAUGGAUGAUGUUGCAUUCUAUACCGGCGAUCAGGUCGAAGGGUUAUGUGGUGUCAAAGGCGCCGUGGCAUGCGCGUCCUACACAGCCGGAACGAUUUGGCCAUAUAAAUUCAUUAUGCACCUCAUUCAGAAGCUAGUUUCCAGCAACAAAGUCAACUUACAAACAAACACGCCGGUUUUAUCAAUCGACGCAGACGAAAAUGGAGGUUACUCAAUCAAGAGUCCGCGUGGCCAAAUGCAUGCUAAGCGAGUCAUCCAUGCGAACAAUGCAUACGUCUCGGGUCUUCUCCCUGAAUACACAAAGAACAUUGUUCCUUGUAAAGGGAUCUGCUGUCGCAUCACUGUCCCCGAUGGAGUCAGGGCCCCGCUGCUCAACAACUCUUAUAUUCAUCGGACUGAUGACAACGUACUUUCCUACUUGAUCCCUCGAGCCGAUGGAAGCAUCGUUGUUGGGGGAGCAGCUGCUAAAUUCAAGUCGUUCAGAGAUCAAUGGUACGACAAUGUUGACGACAGUGUCCUGAUUGAAGCUGCCAAGGACUAUUAUUCCGACUAUAUGCAACGGACGUUUAAUGGCUGGGAAAACACAGGUGCCAGUGUUCAGAGGAUUUGGUCCGGUGUCAUGGGCUAUUCUUACGAUUCGAAUCCUCAUAUCGGCCAGGUUCCAGCCAGGGAAAAUCAGUUCAUCCUUGCUGGCUUCAAUGGUCACGGCAUGCCGGUCAUUUGGUUGGCAUCGAAAGAAAUAGCCAAGAUGGUCGCGCAGGGAAUCUCGUUUGAGGAGACAAGGAUGCCCAGUCUUUUCAAGACGUCUCAAUUUCGCAUUGACCGAGCGCAGAAGGGUCGCGAGGAGGAUGGUGACAUUCUCGGCACUGGAAAUUUCCCCGCGACGAAGCAAUGA